UCGCGGCUUAUAGUUCCGAUGCUGUUGGGGGGAAUAUGGAGUCAGCAUUGUGAAGUAUAAAGCUGGAGGAACAUCAACAGCGUUGAUGCCAUGUACCCAAAGACCGUGCCCAAAUCCGAUUGAUACAAUUCAAGAUGCUCUCCUCAUUGCCUCUUUCGCUUCUAUUCUCUGCCCUGUUUCAAUUCCAGAAAGUCUCAGCUUCAGGGGCUAGCUAUACAGUUUCCAUCCCACCAGCAGCCCCGACCAAUGCAAUCGAGGUCCCGGCCGACUUCUUUGGCUUUGGCUACGAGACCGCCUUUCUCCCUCAUUUCGACAAUGCAUUCUCCGAGAACAUGGUCAAUGCGAUCGGGUCUCGCAUGAGCAAGCCUCUUAUUAUCCGUAUUGGAGGCACUAGUGGUGACUUGGUCAAAGUAGACCUCGAGCAAAAGGAACCCGCGAUAUGCGUCAAGGGGCCUUCCUGCCCCCUGAGUAGCCAGGAUACUUUUACCUUGGGGAAGGCUUAUUUCGAAGUAUUCAAGAAGUUUCCGAAUGCAUCCAUGACCAUCCAGGCUCCAAUGGGAGACGGUAUGGAGAUGAACAACACUAUGGCCUACGUGCGCAAUGCAUGGCAGAAUCUUGGUCAUGACAGGGUCGCCGCGAUCGCCUUAGGAAACGAACCAAAUUACUAUUCAUGGAAUGCCGAGGAGUAUGUCCGUCACGCAUUAGAGGUUGAAAGUAAUAUCACCAAAGAAUUUAAUCUCCAAGGUGAGGAAGCACGGAUCUUUGAGCUAGGCGAUAUUGCCAAUGACGCUGCUGUUUCAGGUAACAAGUAUGAUAUAACACAAGUCUUUGACGACCAUAUCGAUCAAAAUAGCCAAGGCAAAUUCGCAGCUGAGCAUUAUUAUCAACUGAACAAGAACCUAGCCGUCUACAAUGAGGCAAACCUGCAACAACACGUCAUGAACCAUACCGCUAUCCUUGAACACUUAGCCUCGUACGAGAAAUCAAUGCAAGCUGUCCACCAGCACCAUGCAAAUCUCUCUUUCGUCUUAUCUGAGGUUGGAUCGGUGAUUGGAGGCGGCCCAACGAACUUUUCAGGCGGUUUUGGCGCUGCCAUUUGGGCUGCUGAUUUCCACCUCGCCGCAAUGGCACGCGGGAUCAAGAGAGUGUCCAAUACCCAGCGCCCAGAGGCCUCACAUGCAUUCUGGAUCCCUGAUAACUCUGGGCCCAAGACUGGACGGCCUGUGGUCCAGGGCAUCUUCCCUGCUGCACCUUUUGUCGCCGACUUUGUCGGAAAGGAUGCUUCUCUUGGUAAAGUAGUCGAAUUAGGUGUUAAUGGCCAAGGUCUCUUCACUGCGUACGCCAUGUACGGUCUUCAUUCCGAGAAGAUAGAGAGAGUUGCCCUGGUAAAUCUUCAGCAGUGGGAUGCCAGCUCCAAGACUACACGGGGUAACAAAACAGUAACUCUGAGCGUUGGAAACGGGGUGAAGUCUGCUGUCAUCAGGAGACUGCAUGCUGACCAAGGGUGGUCCGCGCUGGGCUACGACUUGGGCGGUGCUCAGGAGAAUGUGACGUGGGCUGGUGAACAGUGGACUUACGCCGUUGAUCAGGGUAUGGGCCAUUUCCCUACCGGUUCUAUGGAGCAAGAAUCAGUCGCCGUGAAUGGCACGGUGAAGGUAUCAGUUCCUGAUACCGAGGCGGUCAUUGUAUUCUUUGAGUAAUCCACCUGGACAGUCACCCAAUGACAACAGUCUAGAUCGAAGAGUUUUGAGAGAUAUCUAUACAUAUGUACAUUCUA